UAUAUAUAUCUUUCUGUCUGCGGUAGCUGUCGCGUUUUGUGAAAUAAUCAUCAUUGCUAAAGCUUAUAGUAAAGAACGCAUGGCUGCCAAUCGGGUACUCGUUUACGGAGGAAGAGGCGCACUAGGUAGCAAAAUUGUUCAGCACUUCAAAUCUAAAGGAUGGUGGGUAGCCAGCAUCGAUAUCGUUGCCAAUGAGGAGGCAAACGCGAACGUGCUGGUCAAGUUAUCCGAGUCAUUUACCGAGCAAGCGGGGCAGGUGACAGCAGAUGUGGCACAGUUGCUAGGGGACCAGAAAGUAGAUGCCAUCUUGUGUGUGGCAGGUGGAUGGGCAGGAGGAAAUUGCAGCUCAAAAGACUUGUACAAAAACACAGACAUGAUGUGGAAGCAGAGUGUGUGGACCUCUACCAUCUCUAGCCACCUGGCUGCUGUUCACCUGAAGCAAGGGGGACUGCUGACUCUGGCUGGGGCUAAAGCAUCACUGGGUGGCACUAGUGGCAUGGUGGGCUAUGGCAUGGCCAAGGCAGCAGUCCACCAGCUCUGUCAGAGUCUAGCCGGAGAAGACAGUGGGAUGCCCCCUGGAGGUGUGGCUGUAGCCAUACUGCCGGUAACCUUGGAUACGCCGAUGAACAGGAAGUUCAUGCCCGAUGCAGACUUUGGUUCCUGGACACCGCUGGAGUACAUUUCAGAAACGUUCUUCAAUUGGGCCAUUGGUGCAGAUCGUCCAGCAUCGGGCAGUCUGAUGCAGCUCACUACUGUGGGAGGCAAGACACAGACACUACCCACGCAAUAGAGGAGAGGGAGGGAGAGAUAGACAAUGAGAGAGCAGGAGGGAGGACAAGUUGAGCGGGAUGUUUGGGAGAGAUGGUGAUAGGGUGGGUCAGGAGGGUUAAAAUGAGUCACAGGGAGAAAGAGGGGAUGAAUGCUUGGUUGAAGAUGUUCCCUCUAAGAACUAUUAUCAGUAUCUCAUAACAAAAUUUUUGUGUCUUUUGAUGUGGUUUUAUUCCUAGGUCUCAAUUUGAAUAAAACUCCACAUGAAUCAUAA